GUUGAUCUUCUCGAUGCUUUGUUGUUAUUGUUGUUGUUGUCGUCGGUGGACCCUCAACGUGUCCCCGUCUUGCUCUACUAUUACUAGUAGGGUGCACAGAGUUCAUCUCUCCCAAUCCCCCACACCACCGGCAACCCGCUUCAGCUGUACCUUAUCUUCCUCGUACAUCAUCCGCUCUACGUCUCCGCGCCGCCCACGAAACGUCAUCUACAGUAGGAACAUCGUCACAUAAUCCUCGCCAUGUCAGCUACCUGGAUCACCAAGAAAAAGAAGGGCGAGCUCAUGCUCCUCUGCGACCAUCUCGGCCUUGACACGGAAGGCUACCUAAAGACCGAUCUCGAGGCGCUCCUGACACAAUACCUCCAGGCGAACGAGAAGGAGCUGUCCAGCGAUGAGACCUUCGCAUCGUACUAUGAGAGCGUUGCGCGCUCUCCGACGAAGCGGGCUGUCAAGACGGAGGAAGGGCCCUCCGCAACGCGUGCGCGGAGACGGACCACCAACCACUUCACCUCUAACACCUUUGAGGAGACCGGCUCCACAUACUCCGAAACAGAAUCGACACCCGAGCGCAAGACGCGCGCCGGCUCGCGCAGCUUGAGCACGCGCACGCCGCGCACGAUCCGCUCUCUCCGGGAAGCCGAAGCGGCGGCGACGCAGCUCCUACCGACACCCAUGCGCGACGCCAAGAUCGUCGCGCUCUCGUCGAACUCGGUGAAGCUGUCGUACGCGCCGUCGCCUGCCGUCGUGGCGAACGGGGUGUCGCCCGCCGCCGUCGCGGACGAUAUCGAGAACCGCGCUAAUGCCAUCAUGGCCUCGGCCAUGGACGUAGUCGAGAGGUCCGAGAUUAAAGAGAAGGCCGUCGGCGUCCGUGAUAGACUGUCAAACGUCAUCUCGGUCAACGUCGCGUCGCUGGCACUCGAGGCGACGCUGCUGCUCGUCGCGGUCAUCCCCGUUACGUACGAGCUCACUCUGCCCGCGGUCGACGCGAUCGGAUACCCAAGCACCAAGUACAUCCUCCCCGACUUGUUCGUGCUCCUGACGACCACGUUCUGGGCGCCGUUCCUGGCGUGGCUGAUCCCAGCCGUCGUCCUGCCCAUCAUCAACGCGGUGGUGUUCAACCUGGUCUCCACCAGUGCGGCCAGGGACGGUGUCAAGUACAAGGCGGACCCGCUCACGUACGCGGUCACGCGUGCGCUGUGUGUGUACCUGGCCCACUACAAGGGCUUUACGUUCGGGGGGCUGCUGGGAUCUGCUGCCGUCGCGACUGUGGGGACCACAGUCGGGAGGGAACUGCAGAUGAUCGGGGCCGGGAUCGGAGGUAUUGCGGCGUUGUGGGUGGGGAUUCUGUCCAGACGGUGAAUGUUCUGCAUUUCCCGCCGGUGUUUGUUCGAAGUGCUCUUCGCACGGGCACGGGCGGACUGAGAUAUCCCAGCUGUAUUUACAAUCCGUGUCUCUUUAUGGUUGCGGGCUGUUGCUGUUGCUGUUGCUGUGCGGUUUAGUUUCCUUCCU